AUGGAAGAAAUUGUCAGCCCCUUUCACAGACCCCGGUGUCUGGCGGCGGCGGCACCUGGAGGAAAAGCGAAAUUAACUCACCCAGGGAAGGCGAUUCUAGCAGGUAAGUUUUGCCAUCCUUUGUUCAGACACCACCUAUUGCCAAUAGAGAUGACUUAACAUUUUUGUGAUACACACUAAAGUGCCUUUACUGUAUAGAGCAUCGUCGUGGAGAGAAAGCAUUAGCCUGUAGAAUUAAGUAACAUUGUUUCUGAUCAUGUCAUUUUCAGUUGACAGCCAGGGGUUGUUGUAAAUGAUGUGCUGAUGGCAGUGGCGGCUCCUGAAAAAAUUCUCAGGGGGGGCAAUUUUUCUGAUGAUUUAGGUGACCUACACACAUUUAAAAAAAGAUAUGUCCAGCAACAACAUGAAGACAGGGGCAGCAUAUAAGUCAAUACCAGAAGCAUUUAUUGACUGAUCUCAAAAGUGUUGGCUUACCAGGGUUGGUGGAGCCCUCAGUUUCAUCUUUGCCUCGCAAAGCUAACUCAAACACUCCGCAAAACUUCACACACUGGAUUAGCCGGCUGAGGAUGUGGCGGUUCUUGCUAAUGUCGUAGUAAAUAUAUUUGUUAUAGUGAAUAUGGAAUAUGAUAUGUUGAGUAAAAUGUUGUGCUAAGAUCUAUUUAGGUCAGGAGCUGGUUAUACGUUCUGUUCCUAUCCAAUAACAAUGGACAAAAGGGUCCUAUCUUGUCAGCCUUGUCAGUUUCAGUUCUCCAGUAAACUUGUGAUUAUCAACACUAACCUCAUCGUUGUGGCGGCGGACAGCUAGCCUGUAUCCCUCAUCCAGUUGAGUGGGAAUGUUCACUCUCCCCAAAGCAGACAAUCUCAAACAGCUAUCCAUGUGGGUCUUUGACAGCUCAUGUUUCUUAAUCUUUCCUGAAAGAUGGUGCAUGUCCGUUACACACCAGUCGCUGUCCAAGCGGUGCUGUCUGCCGUGCCGCCUUCAGGGUGAAAGAGUAAGCAGGGGGUAGCAGAAGACUGCAUUAGCUACAUCGCAGCCUGCUAGCCAGGUUUUUCGUUCGUACCAAUUUUUGGAAAAUCCUCGGGUGUAGGACUUCCCCCCUUUAGUAGAAACCUGUUGAAUUAUUAAAUUUGGUCUGGGAGGUCCUAAUUGUUUCGUUGCCAAUUUAUCUUCAUUUGUUCGCCGACAAAAAGGAACUUCUUUCAAAGACACAAUCGAGUUGCACUGAAGCCUAGCCAUUUUGAUAGAAGUAGUGAAUUGAUUGACGCUGCUACCCGCUCUUUUCUUAGUUACGUUCAUGGUUAUAUGUUACGUAUGACGAAAGCGCGUAAGUGCAAGCCCUCAGAAACCUAUAGAGAUUGUAUUGAAAGCUCUGAUAUUUGAAAAAAAUUGAUUUUACAUGGGAGUCUAUGACAGACUUCUGGGCGAUUUUCAACCUGACUGAAAUCGCCCCAAAAGGGGGGGGGGGGCAUUUGAAGCACGACUUUAGCCUGAUUGGACAUUUAGUGGCACUGUGGCAGAUCAGACGUCUAGAUUACAACACUGAUAACUACUGUUGCCGUGAUAUAAUUGAUUAGAAAAAAAAUCCCUUCCUUUUCCCGUUUGGCAGUGCGUCGCCCAUAUCGCCCUAUUGAACACACCGCCCCUGGCUGAUGGUGUUUCAUUGGUAGCGGUGCACGAAGCGAGAACCACCAUGUGAAUAAGUUAGAACUGUCAACUGUCAUGUGUUGUAUUGUGUUCAACAGUUCAUUCACAACAAAAGCUGGAUAUGCUUGUCUUCGAUGUUAUUAUUGUCAGUUUCACAUGCGCUGUAUGUUUGCAUUUCAAUAAAGAGGCGAUUGCCUUAGCUGCCUGUAGAGUGCAUGACAAAAUAAUGGAACUCUUUUUAGACUAGUAGCUACAUGGAUCUGUUGAAUUGUAGGCUUUAUUAUUAUUAUUAUUAUUAUUAUUAUUAGUUUUCACUUAAUAUUAUUUAGAUUCUAAUGAAUACGAUUUCGAAUAUACUUUCAAAUGGAUUAUUAUGAAAUUAUCUUGUGAUCUUUUCUGUAACUGACAAUCGUAACACUCUAGCCUUCUAAUACUGUAUUGCAGAACAACUGCCUGUUUAUGAGAGGACACCACAAAGCCAACACCCCUCAGUUUUCUCCCUUAGCGGCAGACAGUAGUUACUCAGAUAGAAGGACUGGGGAAUGCUCAAAUGUUUACCUCCUCCUGCAUAUGUUAGGAUAUACAGAUCCUUCAUUCAUGUUACUGUGCAAUUUACCUGAGAUGACAGAGAGCAUCUGUUGCAUCUCCAUCUGGUUCAGAUGAAUUAACAGGUAGACUCUUAGCAGGCCAAAUCAUGUAGUCCCCACUCUGCAGCCCUGUUGUUUUUAGGCAGCAGACACAGUCAUCUUUCUGGGGUGUAUCCUUCUCUGAAAUGACAUGUUUCUCUUCUAGACUGCCUCCUCUCCACACAGUGCAAUUAAAACGAAUAACCCUGAAAUUGGACUGGAAUGACUUUGAAGUAAAACCACCCAAAACCACCACCUCUGUCUCUGAAGAAAGACCAUAACAAACAUUGGAUGAGGAUCAAAUAUAGAAACCCAAACACUGUGGACUGAACAGGAGAAUGUCUCUAAAAUGAGUUUUGAGUAGCUCAGACAUCUACCUAUUAGUAGAUGUAGCCUUCAUCUCUGAAAUCUCCAUUCCUGUGAGGGAUACUGGUAGAGCGAGGUCAGGUCUUACUACAUUCUCAAGCACUGAAUGAAGGAAUCUGUUUUCUACUUGUGUCCUUAUCCUGCCUGGCUGGCAGGGUCUCUCUCUGUAGCCCCAAACUGCCACGGUCAGAUCAGUGCACUGACAUUAUUCUAUUACUCUGAUCUAGUCUAGUGAUCACUGCUAGUGCCCUUUAACCACAUCAGACUGGAUAUAUUUAAAUGUAGACACUGCUGAAGGAGAGAGAUGCUGUCCUUCGAUAAUGCUAUUGAGUUCAAUUAAGGCUUUAGGAAUCUGGGGUUGUGCUUGUACUAUACAUAAACCAUUGAUAUGCCAUUUUGUUUCAGUAGUUUGUAUGAGUAGUUUGAUUACAAAGUUGCCAUACACUAGGCCUACAUGUAGAAACCAUGAGAUUCACAAUGAAACAUAUUCCUCAGUGGAGUGAGUGCAUGUAUAAAAUGGCAGAAUCAGGUCUGUUAUAAUGGAGUACUAGGUCGAAUAAUGCAGUAGUAAUAUACAAACUCAUACAGACUCUUAGUAAUGCUGCAGUAUGCAAUUAUAACAUAGGCUCAUAUCCCAUACUCUUCCAUAGGAUAUUACGCAUAGUGGUUUGUCAAAGUAACCUCAGACUGAACUAGGUUGCAUUUGAAACUCAUGACCUAACACCCCCACCCCCCUGUGGCGAGUCACAUUGUGUGUGAUUAGAGUGAGCCAGGGCAGGCUUGUGCAUUUCGUGGCCUUGAGAGGCAGCCUCAUGGAGAGGCAUUUAGCACAGCUCUAUUGAUUAUAGCCUUGACAAGAGACCAAAUUGACCCUGACAAACCUUGUACUGUAGUAACGUUGUUGCAACUGUGGAGCAACAAUAAAACCAGCCAGCAUGAACAGUUUCAUACAGUACUCUUUGGUACUGCAGGUUUGUGCAACCAUUUUUUCUCUGUAGAUAUCCUUUCACAACCCUAACAGCCUAUGGUGCCAUUUCAUACACAGUCUCUCCUGACUCUCCUCCUCCUCUCAGCCAUUGGUACAUUUAAAUGAGGCCAUCAAGCCAGAUGUUAGAUUGGAGAAACCCGCCUGGCCUCCUCCCUCCCUUCCUAUCCUUUUACCCAGACUAACCAGACAAGCUGGCCGGGAACGCUAACAGCCGAACAGCCAAAGAAACCGGCUCCAUCUCUCUUCACUCUCUCUGUCAGCCCAACUCUUAUUUAACCUGUUUGUCUAGUUGUACACUCCACUCCUUAAAGCCAGUUGAUUACUCCUUAUCUAUAGAAUAUAUUUCUCUCUCUCUCUCUCUCUCUCUCUCUCUCUGUUUUUCUUACUAUCUGAAUCUAUGGGUGCAAAUUUAGGGGGAGACCAAGAAUAUUUUGUUAUUUUGAUUAAUGGCUUGUGUAUGUAUGUAUAGUAUAUGAGUGUGUGUGUGUGUGUGUGUGUUGAAAUCACAGUGUGGUACCCAACGAACUGAUCUACUCUCAGAGAAGGAGUCGCUAUGACUCAGCAAGAUAAAAGCAAUCAGGGAAAAUGCUUUUGUGUCUAUAACUCUGACCUAAGAUAUUACUCAAUCAACAGCCAAGCCAAUGCUUUACUAUGCCAAGAUACAUAAUCCUCCUGACACCCGGUUUGACAGUUAAUACAUUUGACUAGCACUUCUCUCAGUGCUUAGACAUGGAACCACAGCUAUAUCUGGUUAUUUAACCCUGCACUUGGAGUGGUAAUGAGUGUGUGUGUAUGCGAGAGAUUGUGAGUGUGUGCUGCUUGUUAGCGCCCUCUCUCCUUUGCCCGCAGUCUUUUCUCAGUAACUGGCAGAGGCCCAAAGUACAUAUCCUUGAGAGUAUCGUUGUUACAAGACAUCUUUCUGUGCCAUAAACUUGGUUGUUUGAACUCUGGGCUGUAGAUAAAGACCAUAGCCAGGAUGCCUCUAGUUUGACUCCAUGUGUCUGGUGCCAUAACUGACUUAGCUUAGCUUGUGAGAAAUAUUCCACUUUUGGGACUGGUGUAAAGUAGGAUGGGAUGAGAGGGUGGAGUGAGUGAGAGAGAGAAAGAGAGGGGGAGAGAGAGCAUGUCUUUUUAGAUGACAUCUGGCAUUGUAAAAUAAACAUUGUUUAGUCUUAGCUAAUGGUGCUGUCUCACACUUACAGUAACCCCCUGUGUGUGUGUGUGUGUGUGUGUGUGUGUGUUUGUGUGGUUGUAUCGGUCUCUUGUAUAGGCCUGGAGGCACUGGGGGGAAGAACAUAAAAAGUCGUAGCUUAAUGGAAGAAAAGUCCUACAUCUCUUACAAACCCAGACAAUGGCUAUGAGGCACAUUUCUACACGAAGGGUGUAUGAGCUCUUUAUACUCCCUCUCCUGGGCUCAACAGCCAAUGGCGAUGGCCGAUGUUGAGAGGUGGAGGCUAUGAUAUGAGUCAGGAUUGGCCUGGUGCUGAGAGCUUUAAAUGGGUUUCUGGCCCUGAUUUUAUUGUCAUACAUUGUGUGUGUAUGUGUGUGUGAGUGCAUGCGUGUAUGUGCAUCUGUGCGUGUGUGUGAGGUCUGAGAGAGUAUUGUAUUGCUCUGUGUUUGCAAGACUGUCCGGAGCAACUUUUUAUCUCUCUCUCUCUCUCUCUCUCUCUCUCUCUCUCUCCUCUCUCUCUCCUCUCCUCUCUCUCUCUCUCUCUCUCUCUCUCCUCUCUCUCUCCCUCUCUCUCUCUCUCUCUCCUCGCUCUCUCUCCUCUCCUCCUCCCUCUCUCUCUCUCCUCUCUCUCUCUCUCUCUCUCUCUCGCCGCAGGGCAGCCAAUUAAGUUAUUUGAGUGGCUGUCUCUUAGACUCAGAGGGCUUGUCAAAGUGUGCACUCACUCCCUGCUCAUUCACACCCCACUGCACUCUGCACACUAUGCACUAGGUAAUACACUCUACACACUCUGAAUCUACGACUCACAACCCACCAGCGCCUUGGGGGGCAAGACGUCAAAUCACGAAACUCCUGUUGCCCUUUCUGUCAGACACAUACACACUCUCCCUGCCUCUCUUUUUCUCUUUCACCUCUCUCUCGCUCUGACAUAUGUAUUCAUUGCUGUCUAAGAAAGUGGCAACAACAUCCCACUCAUCCUCAUGAGACACAAACAAACAAACAAUUUAAAUUAUUAUAUAAAAUUCAAAAACAAACAAAAUAGAAUUAUUGUAAAAUUGACUGUGUCCAUAAAAUGUAGAUAGUAAGUAUAAGCUGGAAGUAGAGGCCUAAGCAUUGUUGUUCACUAAUUUACCCCAAGUAGGGAAAGGAUGGCGGGGUUGAAAAGUAAUAAAGGGGAGUAUAUAUAUAAAAAACAUGGGGGAUUGGAAGUGAUGCAGACAAUUACAUUGAUGGAAGUUACAAUCUAUCUGCAAUAUUAAGCUGAUCCACCCCCAAAAAAACAAAAACAAAAAAACAACAACAAACAAACAAACUGUUUUAGGAAUACACAACAACAUUGACAGAACAACAUCAGUCUCCUUCCAUCCUGUCUGCAGGGAACGGCCUACUGGAGGGUUAGAAGCAGUUCAAAAGAUUCUCCAUGUAAAAUUAAUAGACAUGUGUAGUUAAACAUUAGUGUAGCGUUUGGGAGCGGUGUUUUGAACAGGCGAAGCCUAAAAAGGCAGACGAUAGAUUAAUAAUUCCUUUCAUCUUUCAGACGAGGCAAACAGCAAUAUUAAGACUGUAUUCAUAUAUCAUGUUUGAUGUUAAGACAUCCUCUGGCUACGGUCUACGUUGGGUUUGGGGAAUAGGGACAUGAGGCACCAUCUUUCUACACUCUCCCCUGUAUUCUCAUAUUCUCAUCUCUCUUCACACCAGGUCCCUGGUAAACACAUUUUACAUAAAUGAGAUGAGCCUGUAUAAUUAAAGGUUAGCUAUAGAGAGGGUUUUGGGGUAAUUUGGUGUCCAGGCUUUUGCACAUUAUAGUGUUCUGGUCCAUAAAUGUAGAUGGUUAAAUAUAUGAGUUGGCCUGAAACAACUUGUAGUUUAAUCUCGCUCUCUCUCUCUCUCUCUCUCUCUCUCUCUCUCUCUCUCUCUCUCUCUCUCUCUCUCUCUCUCUCUCUCUCUCUUGUUGAAGAACAUGUUUCAUUAUAAUGUGACUAGUCUGGAUAAGUAAGAAUACAUUUAAAGUGUAAAUGAUUUGCACAUUAUGGUCCAUAAACUGUGUUCUGGUCCAUAAACUGUGGGGUUGCCAGAUUUGUUUAUGUUUAUUGGUUGCCAGGUUGGUAUUUGAAAGUUAGUUUUUCUCAGUGAAAAACAGGAAGUUCUCAUCAGGAGCAGAUGUGGCCAACACUCAUUAGAGUUAACUCAACAGCAGAAAGAUAGAUAGCACUUCAGAGGUCUUUUCUUCUCUAUUUACCUCUCCCUUUGCCAGGCCAUCAUUGUAAAUAAAGUUGAAAUAAAUAAAUACAUUUAUUUUUUCCCUCUUUCUCUCUGUCUCUCUCUCCAUCUCUCUCCUCUCGCUCUCUCUCUUUCUCUCUCUCUCUCUCUCUCUCUCUCUCUCUCUCUCUCUCUCUCUCUCUCUCUCUCUCUCUCUCUCUCUCUCUCUCUCUGUCUCUGUCUCUCUCUGACUCUCCUCCAUGUUUGAUCUAAUAGUGUGUAAUGGUGUGAAAAGUGGGUGUCUUGGCUGGGAUGUGUGUCUCUACUGCUGGGCUGCAGCCUAUCCACUCAACCAGGCCCACAGUUAUACAGUGCCUUCAUAAAGUAUUCAUACCCCUUGACUUAUUCAAAAUGUUGUUAUACUAUUGUUAUACUUAUUCCAAAGUUUGUUAUACUUAUGUAAAUUAGAUAUUUCUGAAUUUCAUUUUCAAUAUAUUUGCAAACAUGUUUUAAAUAUUUUUUCACUUUGUCAUUAUGGGGUAUUGUGUGUAGAUGAGUGAGAUACCUAAAAAAAUAUAUCCAUUUUAAAUUCAGGCUGUAACACAACAAAAUGUGGAAUAAGUCAAGGGGUAUGAAUACUUUCUGAAGACACUGUACAUGCUCUGGACUCUGACGAUCAGCUUCGGUGGUGUAUGUGUGGGUGUGUGUGUGUGUGUGUGUGUGUGUGUGUGUGUGUGUGUGUGUGUGUGUGCUCUGAGUGGCUGUGAUGCAAGCAGGAAACCAGCUGUGAAGUCUGAAGGGUGUUGAUUAAACUAUAAAUCUGCUUUGCGAGGGCGGAGUGUGUGUGUGUGACAGAGGGAUGGUAAUGUUCACAUUGUUUCCUUUCUCUUCUCCUUUUUUCGUAAAAAUGUUUGCCGUGUCAUCAAUUGCCAAGUGUGCUUGCCUGCGGUCAUCAACGUUCACGCGAUCGCCGAGUUGAUUUUUAAAACACAAACGUUUGCUGUAACUCUAUUGUGUCCUGGUUGGUCGAUGGGUUAUAUUAAGAGUAAGGUUGGACAGGGUGGUGUAGGGCUAUAUUUAGGAAAGUGUUAUUUAUAUGAGGUGAUACACAACUGCAAAUAAACUCACUAGUUCCUCUAUCAAAAUGUAUUGACGAAAAUAGCAACAUACUGUAGAUUUUCAACAUAUUUCCUAGUUGUCUGAUUGGUUUACAUGCUGUGCAUGCUCUGUAUUUGAUAGCCACUCUGUCUGUCCCUGCAGAGCCUUUCUCCCAGUGACUGCUGGGUAGGAAAGGUAAACUAGUUUCUAGGUACAUCCAUUCCAACUAAUAACAAGUGUCAGUGUCGUAUGAAAACUCAUUGAUUUUGUGACCUGACACAGAAAGGUAGAGAGAGAGCACCGCCUAGGGAAGAGGUAGAGAGAGAGGGAGGGUGAGAGAGAGGGGGGGAACUGGCGGAGAGAGAGAAGGAGAGUACUCUGAUGAAUGUUUCUGUGCGUCUGGUUCAGGAGUAGAGAUGCAUCAAGAUGAAAGGUCUGCUCAUUCAGUUGUAGUAUAGAAUUACUGGAGUCAUUUAAGGGCUCAUAUCCUCAUAUCUGUGUGUGUGUGUGUGUGUGUGUGUGUGUGUGUGUGUGUGUGUGUGUGUAAUGGAUUGGAUGGCAAACAUGUUCCUGUACCUCAGUAUGUCUGAUGAGAAUUAAUAAUGUGAGUUGUGUUAGUGCGCAUGCAUACAGUGGCUUGCGAAAGUAUUCACCCCCCUUGGCAUUUUUCCUAUUUUGUUGCCUUACAACCUGGAAUUAAAGUGGAUUUUUGGGGGGGUUGUAUCAUUUGAUUUACACAACAUGCCUACGACUUUGAAGAUGCAAAAUAUUUUUAUUUUUUAUUGUGAAACAAACAAGAAAUAAGGCAAGUCUCUUGUAGCUCAAUUGGUAGAGCAUGGCGCUUGUAACGCAAGGGUAGUGGGUUCGAUCCCCGGGACCACCCAUAUGUAAAAAUGUAUGCACACAUGACUAUAAGUCGCUUUGGAUAAAAGCGUCUGCUAAAUGGCAUAUUAUUAUUAUUAUUAUGUCUCUAUAAGCUUGGCACAUCUAGCCAAUGGGAGUUUUGCCCAUUAUUCAAGGAAAAACUGCUCCAGCUCAUUCAAGUUGGAUGGGUUCCGCUGGUGUACAGUAAUCUUUAAGUCAUACCACAGAUUCUCAAUUGGAUUGAGGUCUGGGCUUUGACUAGGCCAUUCCAAGACAUUUAAAUGUUUCCCCUUAAACCACUCGAGUGUUCCUUUAGCAGUAUGCUUAGGGUCAUUGUCCUGCUGGAAGGUGAACCUCCGUCCCAGUCUCAAAUCUCUGGAAGACUGAAACAGGUUUCCCUCAAGAAUUUCCCUGUAUUUAGCGCCAUCCAUCAUUCCUUCAAUUCUGACCAGUUUCCCAGUCCCUGCCGAUGAAAAACAUCCCCACAGCAUGAUGCUGCCACCACCAUGCUUCACUGUGGGGAUGGUGUUCUCGGGGUGAUGAGAGGUGUUGGGUUUGCGCCAGACAUAGCGUUUUCUUUGAUGGCCAAAAAGCUCAAUUUGAGUCUCAUCUGACCAGAGUACCUUCUUCCAUAUGUUUGGGGAGUCUCCCACAUGCCUUUUGGCGAACACCAAACCUGUUUGCUUAUUUUUUUCUUGAAGCAAUGGCUUUUUUCUGGCCACUCUUCCGUAAAGCCCAACUCUGUGGAGUGUAUGGCUUAAAGUGGUCCUAUGGACAGAUACUCCAAUCUCCACUGUGGAGCUUUGCAGCUCCUUCAGUGUUAUCUUUGGUCUCUUUGUUGCCUCUCUGAUGAAUGCCCUCCUUGCCUGGUCCGUGAGUUUUGGUGGGCGGCCAUCUCUUGGCAGAUUUGUUGUGGUGCCAUAUUCUUUCAAUUUUUUUAUAAUGGAUUUAAUGGUGCUCCGUGGGAUGUUCAAAGUUUCUGAUAUUUUUUUAGAACCCAACCCUGAUCUGUACUUCUCCACAACUUUGUCCCUGACCUGAUUGGAGAACUCCUUGGUCUUCAUGGUGCCGCUUGCUUGGUGGUGCCCCUUGGUUAGUAGUGUUGCAGACUCUGGGGCCUUUCAGAACAGGUGUGUAUAUAUUGUGAUGUCACGAGAGGCUGUGUCCUGGAGGGACGUUACAUCCCCCUGAGAUGGCUGCAAACCCAGACAGCUAUGGCUCCAUCUGCUGGUAUGGUCGGGAACUCCACCCCUCUAUGGCCAAUCUUCCCACGCAGCUGAAACAGAUCAGGAGCUGAUGAGCUGGAGGUUUUGAAGGGAAGAGACACACUGAGAGUGAGGGUGUGGGUUGUGAAGUAACACAGUCUCCAACCUGGGCUCUCUGGAGGACAAGAGUGCUGCACGUCCACUUCCAUGAGGGAUAUAAGGAUUUGGAGAUACUUACCUUUGGGAAAUACUCACCUUUGGAUAUAUUCGCCUGUGGAACUACGGGAGAGACAUUUGGAAGGACUUUUUGCUGGGUUGGCCACUAGCUGCAACGUGGACUACAGUAAGGCUGGGGAAAAGUUAUCUGAGCGAGUGAGAACUAUGAUUUUGGAUGUGGAAGAGACAUCCCUGAACUGUUAACCCUUAAAGAGCCACAAGAGAACAGAAUUUGGUUAUAUUUUCGUUAAUUUCCCAAGACCUUUAAUAAAAUCCUUGUUUUGUUUGAACCUUGUCUCCUUGCGCUACUUGAGCAAUCCCGCUGAAAGCUGUGUAGCCUCUCGUGACGUCACAAUAUACUGAGAUCAUGUGACAGAUCAUGUGACACUUAGAUUGCACACAGGUGGACUUUAUUUAACUAAUUAUGUGACUUCUGAAGGUAAUUGGUUGCACCAGAUCUUAUUUAAGGGCUUCAUAGCAAAGGGGGUGAAUACAUAUGCACGCACCACUUUUCCGUUAUUAAUUUUUUAGAAUUUUUUGAAGCAAGUUAUUUUUUUCAUUUCACUUCACCAAUUUGGACUAUUUUGUGUAUGUCCAUUACAUGAAAUCCAAAUAAAAAUAUAUUUAAAUUACAGGAUGUAAUGCAACAAAGUAGGAAAAACGCCAAGGGGGAUGAAUACUUUUGCAAGGCACUGUAUGUGUUUGUGAUGGAGACACUGCUUCCCUAAUAGCCUUCGCAUGUAAAACUGUUGUAGUGCUGUCUGGAAUGAAUGAAGCCUAAUGUAGACAUACAGUGCAUUUGGAAAGUAUUCAGACCCCUUUAAUUUUUUUCCACAUUUUGUUACGUUACAGCCUUAUUCUAAAUUUUAAUUUUUCCUUCACCAAUCUACACACAAUACCCCAUAAUGACAAAGCAAAAACAGGUUUUUAGAAAUGUUUGCAAAUGUAUUAAAAAUAAAAAACGGAAAUAUGACAUUUACAUAAGUAUUCAGACCCUUUACUCAGUACUUUGUUGAAGCAUUGAUUAUUAUUGGGUAUGACACUACAAGCUUGGCACACCUGUAUUUGGGGAGUUUCUCCCAUUCUUCUCUGCAGAUCCUCUCAAGCUCUGUCAGGUUGGAUGUGGAGCGUUGCUGCACAGCUAUUUUCAGGUCUCUCCAGAGAUGUUAGAUCGGGUUCAAGUCCGGGUUCUGACUGGGCCACUCAAGGACACUCAGAGACUUGUCCCGAAGCCACUCCUGCGUUGUCUUGGCUGUGUGCUUAGGGUUGUUGUCCUGUUGGAAGGUGAACCUUUGCCCCAGUCUGAGGUCCUGAGCGCUCUGGAGCAGGUUUUCAUCAAGGAUCUCUCUGCACUUUGCUCCAUUAAUCUUUCCCUCGAUCCUGACUAGUCUCCCAGUCCUUGCCGCUGAAAAACAUCCCCACAGCAUGAUGCUGGCAUCACCAUGGUUCACCUUAGGGAUGGUGCCAGGUUUCCUCCAGACGUGACACUUGGCAUUCAGGCCAAAGAGUUCAAUCUUGGUUUAAUCAGACCAGAGAAUCUUGUUUCUCAUGGUCUGAGAGUCCUUUAGGUGCCUUUUAGCAAACUCCAAGUGGGCUGUCAUGUGCUUUUUACUGAGGAGUGGCUUCCGUCUGGCCACUCUACCAUAAAGGCUUGAUUGGUGGAGUGCUGCAGAGAUGGUUGUCCUUCUGGAAGGUUCUCCCAUCUAUACAGAGGAACUCUGGAGCUCUGUCAGAGUGACCAUCGGGUUCUUGGUCACCUCCUUGACCAAGGUCCUUCUCCCCCAAUUGCUCAGUUUGGCCGGGCGGCCAGCUCUAGGAAGAGUCUUGGUGGUUCCAAACUUCUUCCAUUUAAGAAUGAUGGAGGCCACUGUGUUCUUGGGGACCUUCAAUGCUGCAGAAAUGUUUUGGUACCCUUCCCCAGAUCUGUGCCUUGACACAAUCCUGUCUCGGAGCUCUACGGACAAUUCCUUCGACCUCAUGGCUUGUUUUUUGCUCUGACAUGCACUGUCACCUAUGGGACCUUAUAUAAACAGGUGUGUGCCUUUCCAAAUCAUGUCCAAUUAAUUGAAUUUACCACAGGUGGACUCCAAUCAAGUUGUAGAAACAUCUCAAGGAUGAUCAAUGGAAACAGGAUGCACCUGAGCUCAAUUUUGAGUCUCAUACCAAAGGGUCUGAAUACUUUUCUGUUUUUAUUUUUAAUACAUUUGCAAACAUUUCCAAAAACCUGUUUUACUUCGUCAUUAUGGGGUAUUGUGUGUAGAUUGAUGAGGAUUUAUUUUUAUUGAAUCCAUUUUAGAAUAAAGCUGUAACGUAACAAAAUGUGGAAAAAGUCAAGAGGUCUGAAUACUUUCCGAAUGCGCUGUACUGACCUGUCCGGACUGGGUCAGUGUGCUAGUGUAGUGUAGUAGAAAUGUAUUAGAUUUCAUGUUAUCUGCUGAACCUUACUUAACACUGGGAUUAGAGGAAUUAGAGUUGUUUGUGUGUGUGUGUGUGUGUGUGUGUGUGUGCACGUGCGCGUGUGUGGGGGAGGGGGGGGGGGGGGGCAUCAUGACUCAGCUUUCUAGACUGUUGUACAACCUUAUCUUGCCUGCGGAAAAUACUGUACAAAUGCAUUAUGCAUCAGCUACUGUAUACAGGCCUUUGCCUUGUUAGGGCAAUUUGCUUUGCUGAAUACUCUCUCAACCAUACAGGAAUGUGUAAUUGACCACCAACCACUUAAAAUCCUUCUAUAUCUACUGGACAUGUAUUGUAUGUGUCAAAGGUUAAAUAUAUCUCCUACCACCUCCAGAAUGCUAAAAUGCUAAGUGCUGUAGAGAAGAGAUAGAGAUAGAGAGGCUUGGCCUACAAUAACGGCAGCAGUGGGAUGGAUGCCAAGCUGUCACACAGUUGGAUGACAUAUCUGUAUACUUCCCGUUAUUUAUUUAUACAGAGAGGGCCUCUGGGAUUAGAAUGUGAGUGUGUGAGGGAAAGAGAGAGAGGGAGAGGGGAAAUGUGGAAAGUGUGUGUGUUAUUGAGCUAAUGGAGGGUCUUGGGCUGUGUAAGGGAGCCCCUCCCUCUGGGCAGAGCAGAUCAUUUAAUUAACGUCAGCCUCCUCAUCCCUCCCUCCCUCCCUCCCUCUCUCUCUUCCUCCCUUCUUCCCAAGUGACUCAUCUGCAUAGUUCUGCUCUUAACACUCUCAUCCCCAUCCUCUGAACUCAUCCACAAUAUAGAGCUGUCCAACAUCCUACAUCAUAUAUUAAUUCAUUCAUCGAUUCAUUUGUUUGUUUGUUCGUUCCUUUGUUCGUUUGUUUGUUUGUUUGUUCGAUCUAAUAGCUACACGUUCAUACAUAGAGAAAAUGGCUGCAUCUCCCCAUAACAUUCCUCUCAUACUCUCUGAGCUUUUAAGGUUUAUGGAUGGCAGCUAUCUUUAGGGUUAUUGUUAUUUAUCAUGAUAUAAUGACUUUGCCCAAAGUGAAGCCUGCUUCAGCCAGCCUUUAAUUUUGUAAGGCCAUUGGUUAAAAGCAGAAACAGUCUGGUACCAAGGCUAGCAACCUGAAGAUUCACAAAAUAUAUAUUCUGGUUGAUAAGCUUUAGCUGACCAUUGCUCUCUGUUCAGCCCAGUUCAAAGGAGUUCACUAAACUGUAAUGGCAUACACAGCCCCAGUAAGCACAGAUGGUUCUGAGGACAUUUUACAACGUUUGGUUCAUCCCUGAAUCCUUAGCAGUGCCAGGUUGAAGGUAACUAAAUGGUGCUAUCUAUUCUACAGGUGGUAUAGCUUUAUCUGACCUCUGCUCUCUGUGUUUUCUACAGGUGGUAUAGCAGGGGGUAUAGAAAUCUGUAUCACCUUCCCUACAGAGUAUGUGAAGACUCAGCUACAGCUGGAUGAGAAGGCCAACCCUCCCAAAUACAGGGGCAUCGGUGAGUUUCUGACUGUAUGUUUGUGUGUGUGUGUCCUCCCACCCCACAACACAACACACAACACAUAUACAAAGAUCCCUGAUAAGUACAAAGUCAUCCCCCGCCCCCACUUCGGUCAAUCAGAUCACGUCUUUCUGUUUCUACUCCCAGCCUACAAGCAGCAACUCAAUAGGGAGCCACCAACACAGAGAGUAGUGGACAGAGGCAGACUCAAUGCUGCAGGACUGUUUUGAGAAUAAUAAUUGGAAUAUGUUCAAAGAUUCAUCCACCCAGGACUCAUCCAUCAACAGAGAGGAAUAUACAUCGUUAGUCACAGGCUUCAUUAGGAAAUGUGUUGAUCAUGUUGUACCCACAAUAACAGUCCGGACAUACCCCAACCAAAAACCCUGGAUGAACAGAGAUAUCCGUACCAUGCUGAGAGCCCGUACUGCAGCAUUCAAUGUCAGCAGAAUGAACUCUGAUGACUCGUACGAGCUCCGCAAAUCCGGGACGCAAAAAGAAAAUACAGACUCAAACUUGAAUUGAUGUUAGACAUCUCAGACUCACAACGCAUGUGGCAAGGACCACAGCCUAUCACAGACUACAAAGGCAAAUCCAGCUGUGUGGUGCCCACAUAAACUCCAAUUUGCCUCCCAGAUGAGUUUAACACAUUCUAUGCUCGCUUCGAGGCACACAAUACCGAGGCAUCCAGGAAAACUCUCGCUGCUCCGGACAACAAGGUGCUUUCACUCUCCAAGGCUGACGUGAGGAAAACUCUCAAAAGAGUGAAUACUCACAAAGCCGCCGGCCCAAAUGACAUCCCUGGCCGCGCCCUCAGAGUGUGUGCUGACCAGCUGGCGGGUGUCUUCUCUGACAUCUUCAACCUGUGACUGUCCCAGGCUGUAGUCCCCACCUGUUUCAAGGAGACCACCAUCGUCCCAGUGCCCAAGAAAAACACUGGACCCACUCCAAUUUGCCUACCACUCCAACAGAUCCACGGAAGAUGCCAUUUCCAUUGCUAUUCAUAUGGCCGUAACACAUCUGGACAAGAGGAACACCUACAGUACCAGUCAAAAGUUUGGACACACCUACUCAUUCAAGGGUUUUUCUUUAUUUUUACAAUUUUUUACAUUGUAGAAUAAUAGUGAAGACAUCAAAACUAUGAAAUAACACGUAUGAAAUCAUGUAGUAACCAAAGAAGUGUUAAACAAAUCAAAAUAUAUUUGAUAUUUGAGAUUCUUCAAAGUAGCCACCCUUUGCCUUGAUGACAGCUUUGCACACUCUUUGCAUUCUCUCAACCAGCUUCACCUGGAAUGCUUUUCCAACAGUCUUGAAGGAGUUCCCACAUAUGCUGAGCACUUGGCUGCUUUUCCUUCACUCUGCGGUCCAACUCAUCUCAAACCAUCUCAAUUGGGUUGAGGUCGGGUGAUUGUGGAGGCCAGGUCAUCUGAUGCAGCACUCCAUCACUCUCCUUCUUGGUCAAAUAGCCCUUACACAGCCUGGAGGUGUGUUUUGGGUCAUUGUGGACAGAUUUCCACCGGUCUAAUGUCGAUUGCUCGUGUUUCUUGGCCCAAGCAAGUCUCUUCUUCUUAUUGGUGUCCUUUAGUAGUGGUUUCUUUGCAGCAAUUUGACCAUGAAGGCCUGAUUCAUGCAGUCUCCUCUGAACAGUUGAUGUUGAGAUGUGUCUAUUACUUGAACUCCGUGAAGCAUUUAUUUGGGCUGCAAUUUCUGAGGCUGGUAACUCCAAUGAACUUAUCCUCUGCAGCAGAGGUAACUCUGGGUCUUCCUUUCCUGUGGCCAGUUUCAUCAAAGCGCUUGAUGGUUUUUGCGACUGCACUCGAAGAAACUUUCAAAGUUCUUGAAAUUUUCCAGAUUGACUGACCUUCAUGUCUUAAAGUAAUGAUGGACUGUCGUAUCUCUUUGCUUAUUUGAGCUGUUCUUGCAAUAAUAUGGACUUGGUCUUUUACCAGAUAGGGCUGUCUUCUGUAUAUACCCCUACCUUGUCACAACACAACUGAUUGGCUCAAACGCAUUAAGAAGGAAAUAAAUUCCACAAAUUAACUUUUAACAAGACACACCUGUUAAUUAAAAUGUAUUCCAGGUGACUACCUCAUGAAGCUGCUUGAGAGAAUACCAAGAGUGUGCAAAGCUGUCAUCAAGGCAAAGGAUGGCUACUUUGAAGAAUCUCAAAUAUAAAAUAUAUUUUGAUUUGUUUAAUACUUUUUUGGUUACUACAUGAUUCCAUAUGUGUUAUUUCAUAGUUUUGAUGUCUUCACUAUUAUUCUACAAUGUAGAAAAUAGUUUUAAAAAAUAAAGAAAAACCCUUGAAUGAGUAGGUGUGUCCAAACUUUUGACUGGUAGUGUAUAAAUAUUUUUUAUCCAGUCGGAUAAACACUCCAAACAGCCUACCCGACCACUCGGAGGCGUCGGCAUGGUCCUAAAGAACACUGUUGCCUUGUUUUGUAUCACAUUCCAAUGAUAAACCCCGUCCCCAGUAAAAGUUGUGCCCCUGGAUACGACUAAUAAAACUUGAAACAAUAAUCCUAAGCCUCACCCUAACCCUCACACUAACCCUCACCCUAACCCUCACCCUCACCCUAACCCUAACCCUAACCCUCACCCUAACCCUAACCCUAAGCCUAACCCUAAGCCUAACCCUUACCCUACCCAUAUCCUUUAAUACAUGUAUACCUUUUCUCCCCCAAUGCAUCUAACCCUCCAAAGAUACAAGGUCGUCAUUGUGUUUACCAAACCAAUCAACGUUCAUCUAUCUUUUGUUCUCUCUCCAUUUCUCUCUCUCUCUCUCUCUCUCUCUCUCUCUCUCUCUCUCUCUCUCUCUCUCUCUCUCUCUCUCUCUCUCUCUCUCUCAUUCAGGAUCUAAUGAUCAAAUUAUCCAUCAUCCUCAGGUGCAUUAGUGAUUCAGGCAGGCUGUCACUCUGCUUGUUAGUAUGACUAUAAACAGGCACACACAUACACACACACACACACACACACACACACACACACACACACACACACACACAGUGUCAGUCUGGUUUCUCUUGGCUGGAGCUCUGAGGAUCUGAUACCAUCUUAAUGAGCCCUGCAGACAGAUGUCUCUGUCUCAUACUAGCUAGCUAUGCUUAUCAACGAGUUUUCAUACCGUUGUCUCUUUCUGUGUGUGUGAAUAUGAAUAUGUGAUUAUAAUGCUCUCUGUUUGUCUAUAGCUGGUUGUAUGUUAAUUUGAUGUUGUGUGUUACUUUUGUGUGUGUGUAGGUGAUUGUGUGAAGCAGACAGUACAGGGUCAUGGGGUGAGGGGACUGUAUAGAGGACUCAGCUCACUGCUCUACGGAUCCAUACCCAAAUCAGCUGUCAGGUAUGUAGAAGGCACCUAGCCCCACACAAACACAUGCACACUCACUCACAUACCCACAAUGCAUAGCUCAGAUGUCACGCUGGUCUCCUGUGUAAUAAUUGUGUUAUUCUUUCCGCAAGAUGACAUUUCAAUAGAGACCUCUGUAGGGUGGCAGACAGAAGCGUCUUAGACAGGGGCAUUUAGCAUCUCUCUCUCUGUGUGUUAAAGGGCAGAGCCUGUCUGUAGACUGGACAGACAGAGCCAUCCAGGCGGAGCAGAGCUGCCACUCAGUGUCUCAGUGGAGAUACAGAGAGGAAAACCUGUGGAUGUGUGUGUGUGUGUGUGUGUGUGUGUUUGUUUGUGUGUGUGUGUCAGUGUGUGUCGGUCAGUCAGCCUAGGGGAUGGGGACAGUAGGCAAACAGGGCAUAGAGGUGGACAGGCCAACAAGAGUAGGCCACAUCAUCUGUCUACACUCUCAGUCUGACAGCCGUGUGUGUGUGUAUGUGUGUGUGUGUGUGUGGGGGGGGGGGGUUGUCUUCUCCUCACCUCUCCCUCUUUUCCCUCUUUCCCUCCUCCCCCUACCAAUCCAUCAUUUUCUCCCCUUUCCCACCAUCUCCCCCAUCCCAUUAGCUGAUUGCCUGUUAUGUACAGUGGUGGAGGGGGGGGGGUGUAUAGGAGAUGAGGGCGGUGCCAGAAAGAGACACUUGGCUUUAACGUAGAGAGACUGAUCUUUUUUAUCCACCCACCUAACUUCACCUGCCUCCCCUCCUCAUCCUUUUCCCCCUCCUUUCUUCCCCAUAUCUCCCCCCUUUCUCCAUGUACUUGCCUCCUCCCUCCUGCCCCCCAUCUCUUGGCAAAGAGUGACUGACCUUGCAGAUAGAGCCCUAAUGGGGUUUAGGAGACGUUCCAUGGUCUCCGUGACGACCAAAGUGCCUCUGACUCAUCCUGGACUAUGGGUGCAGGCCCGGCUGUCAUCCGUCACGUUGUAACAAUUCACCUUUUUCUGUUCCGUUUGAAUUGGCUAAAGAGAGGAGGUAGUUCAGCCAUAGUAUAUUUUUGUCUAUUUAGUCAUUUUAAUGGGCUAAUCUAAAGUGUAGUUUAAAAAAGUAUGUUGCCACUUCCUUGCAGUCCAGGUAAGGUGGAUGGGAGAGAGUGAGAGACCGAGACAAAGAGAGAGAGAGAGAAAUAGAAAGAGAGAGAGGGAAAAGAGAGACACCUGUAUAAAGGUAUCAUUGCCUUCUGUUUGCCAGUCAGAGUGUGUGUUCCUGCACGGUAGAGAGAGUAUGCGAGUCGUGAAGCGGCUGUCACUCAAGCAAACAAACAUGAGUCUUAAGUAGAGACAGAUAAACAUAUGCUGAAUUUUAAAGAACAAAGAAAUAUGAGGCGAAAAAAAAGAGAAAGAAAGUUAGUGAGAGCAAAAGGAGGGAUAGAGAGAGAAGAGAUGAUGUAAUAGAACAGCGAAACAAACCCAGAGAUAGAGACAGAUCGUCAAUGUCUGAGACAGACAUGAAGACAUCGCUCAGACCAGACACUCUUGGGUGAGAGGGCAGAGGCACAAGAACUCUAGCCUCGUGAAACCAACCUGAUCUGUGAGUGUACUGCUUUAACAGGCUACAAGAAAACAAACUGUUAAUCAACACUAAGUGGCAAAGUGUCUUUCCUUCCCCUCUCCUCCUCCUCCCCCUCUCCUCCUCUCUUCCACCAUGUUCAGUUUGUUCCUGCUAUCACCAAAAUCCAAUUCCUGCUAUAAAUAACUCUAUGGCACAGCAUCUCCUAACUGAUUACACACGCGCACACACACACAUACACACUCCCUGAGGUGAGACGGAACUCUCAGCUCGCUUCCAUGGUAGCAGUUGCAGUUGCUGGGCAUCCGUUGCUUGCCGAGGCAUCAGACACCUUUUAACAUGGAAGUGCCUUGUGCUGGGUAGUAAAAAAAUCUAGUUCACUAGCAGUUUGUUUCACUUCACCUGGGCAUCGAAGGAAGUCAUUUGCCUCUUACCUUGAGGUGUAUCUAUGUAUCCACUCCCAUAGGACUGAGGCAAGACUUCUACUGUGAUUACUAAGCAGUUCUGUGCUAUGGGGCUCAGAGAGGAACCUGGUGUGAAAUUCUGUAGUAAGGAACCUGGUGUGAAAUUCUGUAGUAAAUCUGUAGUUUAGCUGAUUAAACCCAACAUGGCUUCCUCUAAGGUGUCCAGUGGGGUUAGAACUCUUUGAAGAUUUUUCGUUGUUUCUGUAUCUCAUCCAGAUAUAUCAGUAACUCUGAUCUUCACAGUAAUACAGUAUCAGUUUCUGUGCUUUACUGUCACCUAGGUAACAAGCUCAGCCACUCAGCUGAAGAGGAGGCAGGCUAGAGGGAGAUUAUAUUGAGAGUCUAAUAAGAUUCUAAAACAUUUUAGAUUUAGGUUCUAGUCUGAUAUACUAUGAGAUAGACUAAUAUUCAAAUUCCAAGUGUACCACACUCAAACCUGAGCAACAGCAGCUCUGCUUGUUAUUGAUGACUCUAACUCAGAAGAACCACAUUGAUUGAACUGGUCAAACUGACUGGACUGGACCGUUUACUAACCUGUUCUCUCUCUCUCCAUCUCUCCUCCCCCUCCCCCUCCCCCAGGUUUGGUGUGUUUGAGUAUCUCAGUAACCAUGCCCGUGACGAGGCAGGGAAGUUGAACAGCACCAGGGGUCUGCUAUGUGGGCUGGGGGCUGGAGUCAUGGAGGCUGUAGUCAUAGUCUGCCCCAUGGAGACUGUCAAGGUACGUCUGAGACAGAGCAUCUCUUUACCUACCUCUCUCAUCCCACCCUAUAUACUCCCUCUCCUCUUCCUCUCUCUCCUGUCUCUCUCAUUUUACAUUUACAUUUUAGUCAUUUAGCAGACGCUCUUAUCCAGAGCGACUUACAGUUAGUGAAUGCAUACAUAAUUUUUUUCCCUACCCCCUGUGGGAAUCGAACCCACAACCCUGGCGUUGCAAACGCUGUGCUCUAUCAACUGAGCUACAUACCUGCCGGCCAUUCCCUCCCUUACCCUGGGCCAAUUGCGCACCGCCCCGGUCAUGGCCGGCUACGACAGAGCCUGGAUUCGAACCAGGAUCUCUAGUGGCACAGCUAGCACUGCCUUAGACCACUGCGCCACUCGGGAGACUGUCUCUCCUCUAUACCCCCUCUCCUCUUCCUGUCUCUUAUCCUGUCCUAUAUACUCCCUCUCCUCUUCCUCCUCCUCCUCUCUCUCUCUCUCUCUCUCUCUCCUCUUCCUCCUCCUUGUCUUUAUCCCCCACUCCCCUCCUCUCAGAUUCAGUGUCACUGAUAUCCCCUACCCACUGGUCUGGGGUCAGAUUGGCUGUUCAGCUGAUGAUAAUAAUAUUUAAUAAUCAUUUGGUGGGUGUGUAUAUUUGUCCUAUUUCACAUAUGUACAAGUGUGUAUUAAUAUGCAUGUGUUUUUUUGUUGCAUAUCCCACUCUCCCUGAGACACCCUCAGAGAUAGAGGUCACGGUCUAGCAUUAUCAGCGGCGACCCUGGAGAAAUUAGGGUUAAGUGCCUUGCUCAAGGGCACAUAGACAUAUUUUCACCUUGUCAACUCAGGGAUUUGAACUAGCGACCCAUGGUUACUGGCCCAACACUCUAACCGCUAGGCUACCUGUUUUAGAUGUGGAGAUGGGUAGAAAGAGCUGAUCCCAAAUCAGUUUCUAGAUUUGUUAAACGUCUAAUCCAACAGCUGAAUGAGGGUGAGUUGACCCGAGCCUUCAAGGAGUGUACUCUUUGAUAUUCUCUGAAGUAAAGCCCAGACAGACAAAAACAUCCCUCAAGGCUGUCUUGUCUGCUCUCAGUGCUCUGAGAAACUGAUAAUAAAUUAUUAUUAAAAAAAAUAUAUUCACCUUUAUUUAACCAGGUAGGCCAGUUGAGAACAAGUUCUCAUUUACAACUGCGACCUGGCCAAGAUAAAGCAAAGCAGUGCGAUAAAAACAACAACAACACAGAGUUACAUAUGGGAUAAACAAAAUAUACAGUCAAAAACACAAUAGAAAAUCUAUAUACAGUGUGUGCAAAUGUAGUAAGUUAUGGAGGUAAUAAUAAGGAACAGUGGGAAAAAAGUGAUAAUGCUCUUUUCCUGGAGCAGGCAUGGGUUUGUUAAUACAACUGUAUGUGUGAGUUUGUGUGUGUGGGUGUGUGUGGGUGUGUGUGGGUGUGUGUGUGUGUUUGGUGAUCACGCUGUCCCUGUGUUCUUUCUCAAGGUUAAAUUCAUCCACGACCAGUCUUCAGCCAACCCCAAAUACAGAGGCUUCUACCAUGGAGUCAGGGAGAUCAUCAGAACCCAAGGUAAGAAAGGGGGAAGUUACCCCUAGACACUCAUCUAAGGUCGCUUUUGCAUUUCUCCAUGGUAAGGUUAGGGUUUAGGGAGGAUAAUCUGGUCCUACCACCCUAAACUGGAGCGGUCAACAAAGGCCUUACAUGUGGAUUCACACUGACAUCCACUGUUUUAAGAGGGUAAUGCAUAUGCUGCUACUACAUCCAGUGAUGCUAACUGCUGCUAAGUGCUGCUGUCUGCUGCUGUCCCCCAGGUAUUAGGGGGACGUACCAGGGCCUGACAGCCACCGUUCUGAAGCAGGGCUCCAACCAGGCCAUCCGCUUCUACGUCAUGACCUCCCUCAGGAACUGGUACAAAGGUAUGAGACUUCAAGGUUGCGUGCAAGAUGAUAUCCUAUAGGGCUCUGUUCAAAAGCACCCAGAGCCAUCAUCAUCAUCAUCAGGAAGCUUGAGUACAUGUCUACGCCACACAGAAAAUGCUGACCUCUAGUGGUCACUUGUAAAACGGUACUCUCUUUGACAAGCGUACUGUAUGCAUCCGACUUGGGUGAGUGUUAAACAGCAUUCUGUCUGUGUGUCUCCUCUUCCCAGGGGAUAACCCCAAUAAGGCUAUUAACCCCGUGGUGACGGGAACGUUUGGAGCCAUUGCAGGAGCAGCCAGUGUGUUUGGGAACACCCCACUGGAUGUCAUUAAGACCAGGAUGCAGGUACAGGAUAGGGUACAAUCCAUAGUAUGGGCACUUGUGUAGAUCUGAAAGGAUUGGAUGUGUUAGAAAUACAUAUGACAUAACUCCACCUCUGUCUGAAUAACCCUGUUUUUUUCUCUCUCUAAGGGUCUGGAGGCUCAUAAGUAUAAGAGUACGCUGGACUGUGCCGUCAAGAUCAUGAGACACGAGGGUGUACGAGCGUAAGUGCACCACUAUACUCUUCUAUACAAUCAAACUUUAUUCAUGACACCCUUCAGGAGCAUAAGGAUUCUUGAGGUUCUACUCCAUAGAGAUCAUGUGUUCUAUAUGCAAUUCAGUGUUCUACUCUCUCCUUGUUCUGUGUUCUCUAGGUUUUAUAAGGGGACGGUCCCUCGGCUGGGCCGUGUGUGUCUGGAUGUGGCCAUCGUCUUCAUCAUCUAUGAGGAGGUGGUCAAGGUUCUCAACACGGUCUGGAAGACG